CAAUUUAUGGUCACAUCAUUUCAGUGAAAUAAACAAAAUGUUGGUUCUUAGCGAGAUAAAACAAUUAACUAUGUAGAAUUGCAACCGAUUAGCGCCGAGUGAACCUCUAAGACACCGACCAACAUGGAGCGGUUCGCUUUCAAGAUCGACGCGGCUCUAAAAGCGAAUCUCUACAAGAUCUGCAGGCUGUGCGGCAUCGACAAUCCAGGAAAAGUGCAAAUACUGCCGCAGAAUGAGGACGACAUUAUUGACCUGGACGAGCCCAGCUUGUCGCAGAAGGUCUAUGAGCUGGUCGGUUUUAUGGUGUCCGGCGACGACAAAAUGCCGCAGACAAUGUGCAGCCUGUGCGUGGAUAAAAUCAAUGAUUUUUACGAGUUUCGAGAGAUGUGCUAUGCAACCAACAAACAGACCCGUAACCUUUUAGGACUGAAGGCGGUGGAGCCCGAAAAGCUCAUUAAACUGAAGCCGAUAAUCAAGUCGGAACCGCAGCUUAUGGGGCCAGGAGGCAAACGGGGCCGGAAACGCAAGACAGAGGACAACUGGCCGAGGUCUAAUCUUAACGUAAAGGCUCAGGUCAAGAAGGAGCCGGUGGGAUUUCACAAAAAGCUACGACUUCAGCCGGCGCAAUCAGCUCCCAUAGAGCCCAAAACGGAACCUGACAUCAAAGAGGAACCCGUCGAACCGGAAACCAGUCACAAGGUGCCACCGAAGAAGGGCCGAAAGUCCAUAUGCAGUGUUUGUGGCGAAAAGUUCCUAAGCAAGGAGCUAGCUGACGAGCACAAGAGCCUUGUCCACGUGCCCUCGAUCCUGCGCUACGUAUGCAACGCUUGUAACCAGACGCAUCACAAUCAUAGCGACAUCCGCGCCCAUCAGCUCUGGCACAAGCUCUCGAAGACGCCUUACAAGUGUCCCCUGUGCGAGACGAGCGUGGCCAAUGCCUACGCCUUUACGCGCCACCUGCGGGAGCACAACCCGCCUACUCCCGUCCAGCUGCUCGUUCUGGAUCGCGAGUGCCCGCUGUGCAAGAAGACAUUCAUCACGAACUUCUUCUACAACACUCACCGAUGUGCCAUCCGCAAACGCAAGUGCGGCGGCUGCAGUCGCGCCUUGAACUCUGAGGCCGCCUACAUGCGUCACGCCCCAACCUGUGCGAAGAUUUACCUCACUCACUCCAAGCACAUCAUGCCCGAGGUGGUAACCAAUGAGGCGCAGAUGCGUAUUAUGAACGAGGUUGAGGACGAACUGGUUGGACUGCCGCCGGCAACCACUGUGCCACCGGACUUCGUGAUCGACGAAGGUAUGCAACCGGUGGUGGUCCUGGAGCGGCUCUCAUCUCCUCUGCUACGGGCGUCGGGUGCAGUCAAUCGACUGGGCGCCUCGAAGGGAAGAAACAGCGAAAGGGUUUCUGCCAAGAAGUACUUGAAGAGAGUGGAUCAGCUGCUUAAAAACACAAUGAGCACCCUUGUGAGCAUCAAGCAUGAGCCGGAAAUGCACAUCAGCGAUACUGGUCCAACCGGAGAGCAUGUGGAACCUGAGCCUGAACGAACGGAAGAGGAUCCACCUAGCUUCGGGGAUGAUGACUUCCAUGGGGGCAACGAUGACAGCGAUGAGGAGGAGAACCCAAUGGCAACCUCCUCUAAAACUGCUGCUUUGGCCAGCGAUAAUGUACCCAGUUUAUCGAUCAAACAGGAGCUCUUAGACGAAGCGUAUGAGAAGCAAAUGGAGGUCAAGCAGGAGCCUCUUAAACUUAAGCUGAAAAUAACCAAGAAUCACGGCAAGCUCAACUCCUCGAUCAUAGACGAUUUGGAUGAGGCUGGUCCUGCGACCGGAAGGAGUAGCAAAAAGAAGAAAAAACGAAAGCACAAAGAGCGGGAGAAGGAGGCGUCAGUAGAAGCAGACGUAAUACAGGAUCAGUCCAUGGUUAAUGUGAAGCAAGAACCCGCUGACAACGAUUACGUUCCUCAGGCGACGGUCAUGACCACGAUACCCAUUACUCAGCUAGAAAGCAGCUACAAUGAAAGUGAGCAGCAUGAGGCGGAGGAACCGGUGCAAAUUCAGGAGGAUGUGAAGCCCAAUCGCGUUGAGCUGGAUCGAAUGAUGCAGAUAUCCCAUGUGGCCAGUGGCGUCGACAUGGCCGAAGAGGCUAUGCCCUUGGAGAGAGAAGAAGAACAAGCCGUUGAAGCCACUCCCGAUGAGCCAGAGAGAGAAGCAGAGAAGCCCAAGGAGUCCCCGCCCAAGACAAAGGUCACGUCGGUAAAGUCUACGGCACGCAAGAGCACGGGAGGUGUUCAACGCAAGCCCCGCAAUGAGACCCCGAAGGAGGUACCUUUGCCACAGAUCGUGGCCGUGGAAAGUGGCGAGGCGGCAUCGUUCAAUAUGAUUCAGGAUAUUAACAUUAAACCGGAGCCUCGCAAUCGCGGAUACGGUGACGAUGAGCCUGAUGCUACAGAGGAGAUUAAUCACAACGAGAAGAUGGACGAGGAAAAUGAUUAUAUCGACAGUUUAGACCUCAACAAUGUGACUGUGAAGCAAGAAAAAGACUUGGACAUUUCUCAUGAAUCCGAAACUAUGCACUGCAACGGACUUGAAAAGGGCGGCGAAAGCGAGGGCGAUGACGAUGGCCAUGAAGACAGUAUAUCGUCAGCAGACGAGGCAGAGGAAGCUAUGGAGGAGGACGAAGAAGAGCGCAUUUAUCAGGAAAUCGAAUUGCCACCAUUGGAAGCUCAAACCGAUGAGGAUAAAGCAUCACAAUCUGUUCCAGAGGAGCCCGUAUUACCAGCAUCGAAGCCAGAAUCUGAACAGCCGCCCCUAAAACCUGCUCCGGACAGUGCAAGAAAACCAGUGCCAGCAUUAAGUUUGGUUAUAACUAACAUCUGCAGUCAAGCCGCACCGGACAUAGUAACUGUGCCUGAUGAGAGUUUGACCACUUCGGAUUUAGAGCCUAUUCAUGACAACACUCCUGCUUCCACCAGUGAGAGUCAACCUACGCUAGGACCGGUGGAUAUACCCGCGCCAGAGGCAAACGAAAUUCAGUCAUCGCCAUUUAAUGCUGCUGUUCCGGUAGUUGAAACCCAGACGGAUAUUGAAAAUAAUCAAUCCGCUGAAUGCCUAAAUGCUCAUAGCUCAAACCUGGUAGAUGAACAUCCUUCUGAGGAAGUUUUAAAACCCCAAAUAGAAGUCGUCUCUAAUAUGACAGUUGAAGAUCAAUCCCGGACAGGUUGUGAAGCUAACUCAUCUCCCAUUGAAUCGCAAACCGAGGGGGAUAUGGGCUCAAUCCAGCCAAUGGAGUCUCUGGCUCCACCAGGCUCUGCAGUUGAGGAACUACCAGCUCCAAUUGAGGACCGAUUUCCGGCAGACCCUCAAGCUCAUUCUUCCCUCCUUGAGAGUCAACCCGUCACUAUACAUGAGGUUGAAUCUCUGCCAAGUUCUAGUUCUAAUAUACAAGAGGCAGGAUCAGCAUCAUCUGAGAAUAUAUCCUCUACACACAUAAAUCCAGCCCUGGAAUCUCUAGACAGUGACCAUGAUACUGCGACUACUCCAAUGGUCUCCCUUAAUGGUCCCAAAGAUAUUGAAGCUCAGGCCCUGCCAGUUUACGAGGCACCCAACUUUACAUGCGAUGAGGAGCAGCAGAACGUGCUUAACCAUGAAAUCUCGGAGCAGCAACAGGCGCCUCUCGAUGAUGGCCAGCGGAUGGUUUUUGAGGAGCAGCCGGAACCACUUGAAACUGGGCAGGAGCCGUCACAGAAUGAGGAGGAGGAGUGUAAGCCAGGAACCUCGACGAGGCCAAUAGAGGAAACUGAGAACCGAAUUAACGAGCAGCAGCAGCAGCAGGGACUGGCCCUGGAGGAUCAACGGCAGCCACGCUGCCAAGCCAACAACGAUGACUCCAAUAUUAACGAAAUCGCCGAAAACAAUAACAAUGCCAAUAUUGAGCGCGAACUGCAGGACGAUACUCUAGGCGGGGCUCAGGAGGAUGAUAAUCCAUAGUCGACGAUUAUCUGAUAGAUUGUGUUCUUUCAUUCAGUUAAAUUUGUAAAUAUGUAUGGAUUUGUUAAGGAGGGAUUUGAGGAACACAAAAAACACAUUGAAAGUCUAUCCCGAUCCCGAGCGCGAUAUAAUUGCUACAAACAUUUGUA